AUGGCCGACCAAAAGGAUCCCAAGCAAGUCAUUGACUCGGAGGUCUAUGCGCUAGACAGCGAAGCCAGCCAGACCUCCAGGGAAACCGUGGUUGUGAAGCCAUUGAAGACCUGGAAAGGAUAUCUCUGGGACACUUGGGAGCUCCCUCCAGAUCAACGCUGGCUCCUCUUCAAGGUUGAUGCUUUUGUGUUAACGUUCGCAUCACUGGGUUACUUCCUCAAGAACAUUGAUCAGACCAAUGUCAACAAUGCUUUCUUGAGUGGCAUGAAAGAAGACUUGAACAUGUAUGGGAAUGAGCUUGUCACCAGCACAUCUAUCUGGACAGUCGGAUAUGUCAUUGGCCAGAUUCCUUCCAACUUGCUCCUCACAAGAGUAUCUCCUCGCUGGGUCAUACCUUCUCUUGAGGUCGGUUGGGGUAUUGCGACAAUCUGCACAUCACGAGUCGAAUCCUACAAAGCUCUGUACGCCUUGCGCUUCCUCGUCGGCUUCUUUGAAUCAGGCUUCUACCCAGGCAUACAUUACAUGCUGGGCUCAUGGUACACUCCGAGAGAGAUCGGCAAACGAUCAAUGAUCUUCUGGCUGGCCGGUUCUGUUGGAAAUAUGUUCAGUGGCUUCCUUCAAGCUGCCGCAUACAAGAACUUGAGCGGCGUUCACGGUCAUGCAGGUUGGCGUUGGUUGUUCAUCAUCGAUGGCAUCAUCACCCUACCGUUGGCCUUGAUGGGCUACAUCUUCUUUCCUAACCUACCACAAGAUGGAAAGAGGACAUGGUGGACGACUGAAAAAGAACACGUCCUUGCUUCGGAAAGAAUGAAGGCUAUUGGCCGAGCUGGGAAACAACCUUGGACCAAGGCAAAAGUCAAAUCGAUCUUACUCAGUUGGCAUACCUACCUACUUCCGCUCUUAUACAUUGUCUGGAACAAUGGCUCACCGCAAGCCGGCAUGGGAUAUUGGUUGAAGAGCUUCAAUGCUAAGCCAGCACCUGUGCCCGGAAAACAUUACACAGUACCACAGAUCAACAACUUACCGCUUCCCAAUACUGCCAUUUUCAUCGUCAUGGCUCUGUCAUGGGGUUGGCUUUCUGAUGGUCCAUUGAAAGGUGCUCGUUGGCCAUUUAUAUAUGCUGGCGCGGUUAUUACUAUGGUCUUCCACAUCGUACUUCUCAAGAUGCCGCUGUAUACAGAUAUCACCGGGCGCAUGAUUGUGUACUGGUUCGCCAACAUUGGAAUGGGCGCUGGACCGCUGAUCUUGAGCUGGAUCAACGAAAUUUGCAGCGCCGAUACCGAGAAACGAGCUCUUCUGGUUGCAAUGGCGAACGAUCUUGCCUAUGUCGUACAGGCAGUCGCACCCAACUUUGUCUGGAAAACAACCGAAUUUCCUGCCGCUCAGAAGGGAUAUACCUGGGUUGCGGUACUACAGGGUCUGCUAAUCGUCGUGACUGCAACCAUCCAGAUAUUGUUGUGGAGGGAUAGGAAGAAGAAGGAGAAACAGGUAGAGGACGACACGCCCGUGGUCGAUGGCUUGGAGCCUAUCGGUCAGGCAUGA